GGGAGGGGGCGCAGGGCAGGUCAGCUCUGCCCUCACCCUCUCCACCUACCUUGGGGGGUGGUCGCGAGGACCCCGGAGCACGCCAUUGGAAGCUGCCUCCUUCAGGAGCCCCGGGAACUUCCGGGGCCCCUGAAUCCCGUAUGACUUCGGUAGCCCCCAAUUUGGUGGCGUUUACCUUAAAUGACUCUGAUUCAUACAAGGCUAUGACACCCCCACAGGCACCAGGAGAGACCCCAAAACCCCUCUUUCCUUCAGCGUGUGGCCGUCGGACUUCGAGGAUAGUUGGUGGAAGGCCGGCCGCAGAGAAGAAGUGGCCGUGGCAGGUCAGCCUGCAGGUCAAUCGAAAACACAUAUGCGGAGGCUCCCUCAUUGGCAGUCGGUGGGUGUUGACCGCGGCCCAUUGCAUAUUUGGCCAUGUGGAAUACACAGUGAAGAUGGGAAUCACACAGUUGCAGCAAACCUCCACAAUGGCAGUCACAGUCCCAGUCCAAGACAUCGUUAUCCACAAAUAUUACAAUCCUAUCGGAAUAAUCGAAAAUGACAUUGCCCUUGCUCUGCUCGCCUUCCCUGUGAAUUUCUCCGCGAGCAUCCAACCCGUGUGCCUCCCUGAAAAGGCUUUCAUGGUCCAAGCUGGUACAGAGUGCUGGGUGACUGGAUGGGGAAAAUUAAAGGAAGAAGACGUACCACAAGCUUCUACACAACAGCUUCAGGAGGCUGAGCUAAACAUUCUUCGCUAUGAGACUUGUAAUGAGGUGCUCAGCGAAAAGUUGGAAAGUCAGUUUGAUGUGGUCAAGGAGGGGACUGUCUGUGCUAUCAGCUCCAAAGGAAAGGAUGCCUGCCAGGGAGAUUCUGGGGGCCCCCUGGUCUGUGAAUUUAAUAAUUCAUGGGUCCAAGUGGGGAUUGUGAGCUGGGGCAUUGGCUGUGGUCGCAGCGGGUAUCCAGGAGUUUAUACAGAAGUGAGUUUCUACAAGGAUUGGCUCAUUGCUAGAGUGAGUAAGACCUCUCAUACAGAUUCAAUGGGCUACUUCAGCCUGACUCUGUGUCUGGUGCUGCCUUGGAACAUCCUGCUGACCCUGUGAUCACCCUGGUCACGUUUCUUCCAGUUUCUGAGUCUUGGACUAGCGCUGCCUCUGACCUCUGACCUCUGACUCCUACUCAAUGCCCUAUCCUCAGUUUAAUUUGGAAUCCAUUGACCACGUGGAGGUCCACGUGACUGAGAAAUGGAAGCAAGAAACCUUGAGAGUUUUCCAGCCUGCUGCUCCAGGAACCUACCGCAUCUUCACCUACACCAUGGUCGCAUUUUGUCUGCUGGGAAGAAGUGGCUGAAACAAUCCCAGCUGGAUGGAGAGUGACCUGCGGUGAUGCUUCAGGAUACUUCACCCACAUCUUGCAGAACAUCUUCACAUCAUCUCUGGCAGCAGCAUUAUCUGACACUUUAUCGUAUCAGUGCACAUGGUGAUUGUUGGGAAAGAGCGAGGCCUCAGCACGUCCGCAUGAGACUCAGUUGUCUGGGUUGGCCAAAGGUCCCCUGCUUCCCGACGUGGAUCCAUCUGUGAGGGUCCAGCCUCUGCCACACAAGCCUUCCUGGGGCAGCUCAGUCUUGGAACCCCCUUCCCAGUGCUCCAGUGGCCACAUCCAGGCUCACCCCAAGUUGUGUUGAGACAUUAAGGAGUGUGGAGAUUUCUGAUGUCAACUCAAUAAAUGCUUAGAAAGUCUCUUA